AUGAUUCGCUAUAAGAACCAGGACUUUGCAACGGAGAUUAUCGAUACCGCUGGCCAGGUACUUGAGGAUUUCUUUCUCCCCGCAUCGCGUCGCGAUCUCCAUGCCCCACCAAAAUCAUGCAGCACCCACACCACCUUCGAGAGCAAGGAUAGUGAUGAAUACAGUAUCCUCAACUCGAAACACUUCAUCGGCAUCCAUGGCUAUGUGAUCGUGUACUCGGUCGCCAGCAAGCAGAGCUUCGAAAUGGCGCGCGUAAUCCGCGAUAAGAUUCUGAAUCACCUGAGCACAUGCAAAGACUCUAACCAUGUGCAACACCAGGCCGUCGACUGGGUGCCCAUUGUAAUCGUUGGCAACAAAUCCGAUCUCCGUCCCGAACAGCGUCAAGUCACGCCAGAAGACGGCAAAGCCCUCGCCGAAGAGUUCAAGUGCGCGUGGACCGAGGCCAGCGCGCGCUACAACGAGAACGUCCUCAAAGCUUUCGAGCUCAUAAUCUCGGAGGUGGAAAGGAGCCAGAACCCGAGUGAGCCCGCUGGCGGAAGCAAGUGCACCGUCAUGUAG